AUGGUGGUGGUGCUGGCCCCCUUCUGCUUCAAGUGUCGCAGCUUCUUCGUCUUCGUCUUCGUCUUUGGCGGCUUUGGCAGCUUCGUCUUCGUCUUCGUCUUCGUCUUCGUCAUCGUCUUCGUCAUCGUCUUCGUCUUCGGCUUUUGCUUCGUCUUCGUCUUCGGCUUUGGCAGCUUCGUCUUCGUCUUCGUCUUCGUCAUCGUCUUCGGCUUUUGCUUCGUCUUCGUCUUCGGCUUUGGCAGCUUCGUCUUCGUCAUCGUCUUCGGCUUUUGCUUCGUCUUCGUCUUCGGCUUUGGCAGCUUCGUCUUCGUCUUCGUCAUCGUCUUCGGCUUUUGCUUCGUCUUCGUCUUCGGCUUUGGCAGCUUCGUCUUCGUCUUCGUCAUCGUCUUCGGCUUUUGCUUCGUCUUCGUCUUCGUCAUCGUCUUCGGCUUUUGCUUCGUCUUCGUCUUCGACAGCUUCGUCUUCGUCUUCGUUUUCGUCUUCAACUUUUGCUUCGUCUUCGGCUUUGGCAGCUUCGUCUUCGUCUUCGUCAUCGUCUUCGGCUUUUGCUUCGUCUUCGUCUUCGUCAUCGUCUUCGGCUUUUGCUUCGUCUUCGUCUUCGACAGCUUCGUCUUCGUCUUCGUUUUCGUCUUCAACUUUUGCUUCGUCUUCGGCUUUGGCAGCUUCGUCUUCGUCUUCGUCUUCGUCUUCGUCAUCGUCUUCGGCUUUUGCUUCGUCUUCGUCUUCGUCAUCGUCUUCGGCUUUUGCUUCGUCUUCGUCUUCGACAGCUUCGUCUUCGUCUUCGUUUUCGUCUUCAACUUUUGCUUCGUCUUCGUCUUCGGCUUUGGCUGCGGCGGCCGGAGUCUUAUUAGCCCUCUCCCUGUUACAGCCCACAACCCGGGUAAAACCCAGCACCGCCGGGGAGAAGGUGUAAGGAGCCCGGUGAAUCCCGGUGCCUCCCGGUGUCACCAGAUCCUCAGGAAGUUGAUGCUGAUACUGAAGCAGACAGACUUUAACUGCUGA